AUGGGAGGCAACGACCUCAACCUCAAGAAAUCAUGGCAUCCUCAGUUGAUGUCCAACCAGCGUCGCGUGUACGACGCUGAGCAGGCAGCGCUGCAAGAGCGGAAGCUCACCGAGGCGCGCCUCGAGGAAAUCAGGCGCGAGAGGCAGAUCGAAGAGACUCAGAAGCAGCUCGAGGCUGCCGGUGGCCAGAAGAAGGUUGAUCGUGUGGAAUGGAUGUAUCAGGGGCCCAAUGACGGUGGACGUGACGAAUACUCAAGCGAGGCAUUCCUACUCGGCAAGCGACGCAUCGACUCCGUCCUGCGGGGUGAUGAUAUGAAGAAGGUGGAGAAGGCAGCAGGACCGACUGGCGAAACCCCAGGGCCCCUCCCAGUCAUCGCCUCGGCGCGAGACACAGCUGCCAAGAUCCGCGAAGAUCCUCUUGUCGCGAUCAAGAGGCAGGAACAAGGCGCAUACCAAGCCAUGAUGAAGGAUCCAUCCAAACGGAGCAUAGGGAGCACCGGCAUCGCAGCCACAGAUCCCACCACCGACACCGCGACGAUGACGAGCGCGAACACCGUCACAGACGCCGGCGCGGAGACUCUCGAGAACGAUCACGGAGCCCGCGGCGAUCCGAAGAUGAAUCGGACUCUGAAAGGCGGCGCAAGAGGCGGCGUUCAUUUUCGCGGGAUAGAUCGCCACCCACUCGUCGCGAGGAUCACGACUCGGGCAGCGGGAGACGCCACAGGAGCCAUCGCUCAGACCCAAGAGAAGGGUCUCGGGCUCGUCGAAAUUACGAUUCCUGUGACGAGGACGCAGAGAGGCCGCCGAGGAGAGAGUACCCGGAUAGUCGGCGGAACGAUUCCGAGCAUCGGGGCCGCACGACGGUUCGACGACCGAGAUGAGGAGGAGGAGAGGGCAAGGAAGCUUGCAGCCAUGCAGAAUGAUGCCACGGACCUGGACAAGGCCAGAGAAGCCCGCCUCGCAGCACUGGCGCAGAAGGAAGAGGCUGAGCCGCCGCAGGAAAUGGGACUUUGGCAGACAGGAUCGGUCGUGGCCGACAAGGAUUCCAACGGGACGACGAUUGAGUCGUUAAGUGGCAAUACAGGAAAAGCAACCAUGUUCUUGCACCAGUGUUUCCUUGAGCUGCGCGACCUUGCGUCUGUGCAAUGUCAAUCACUGAACUGCCCUGCCUUGAAACCCUUUGGAUAG